GAGCCGCUCGCAGCCCCUAGCGCCGCCGUCCCCCGCCGCGCCGCCACCUCUACGUCAUCGCGUCGGCGCCGUGACCCCGGCGGGGUCGGAGGGCAGAGGGGCGGGAGGCGGCGGCGCUGCCCGGUGUCCGUGGGGCUCCUCGGGGCGCGGCGGCCCGGGCCCAUGAGCGUGUCGCUGGUGGUGAUCCGGCUGGAGCUGGCCGAGCACUCCCCGCUGCCCCUGGGCUUCGCUUACAGCGCGGCUGCCCCGGAGAUGGCGGCGGAGAGCAGCGGGGCGGUCCCGCCCGCCGUCCCGGCCUGUCUGGAGGGGAAGGGCCCCGGCGAGCGGGCGGCGAUUCUGCACCAGCACCUGGGCCGGCGGGAGAUGACCGACGUGAUCAUUGAGACCAUCCAGCCGCGGCCAGAUGAAACAAAAGCUGGCAUGGAAGGACGAAAAUCUUCAGAGGCUGCGUCUGCCGAGGACAAAAAUAAACACGACGAUCAGAGUAAAGAGCGUGAGGUUGCUCCAGACUCGCCCUCAAAACAGCUCCCGGACCAGAUUUCCUUCUUCAGCGGGAAUCCCUCCGUUGAAAUUGUUCACGGCAUUAUGCAUCUGUACAAAACAAACAAGAUGACCUCUCUGAAGGAAGACGUGCGGCGCAGUGCCAUGCUCUGCAUCCUCACAGUCCCUGCGACCAUGACCAGUCAUGACCUGAUGAAGUUCGUGGCUUCUUUCUACGAAGUCAUUGAGCAUAUGAAAAUCAUCCGAGAUUCUACUCCCAACCAGUACAUGGUGCUGAUCAAGUUCAGCUCGCAGGCUGACGCAGACAGCUUUUACAUGGCGUGCAACGGCCGGCAGUUCAACUCCAUAGAGGAGGACGUUUGCCAGCUGGUGUACGUGGAAAGGGCUGAAGUCUUCAAAUCAGAAGAUGGAGCCAGUCUGCCUGUGAUGGACCUGACAGAGCUCCCGAAGUGCACGGUGUGCCUGGAGAGGAUGGACGAGUCCGUGAACGGGAUCCUCACCACGCUGUGCAACCACAGCUUCCACAGCCAGUGUCUGCAGCGCUGGGAGGACACCACGUGUCCUGUCUGCAGGUACUGCCAAACGCCCGAGCCGGUGGAAGAGAACAAGUGUUUUGAGUGCGGAGUUCAAGAAAACCUUUGGAUCUGCUUGAUCUGUGGGCACAUCGGCUGCGGGCGGUACGUGAGCCGACACGCUUACAAGCACUUCGAGGAGACCCAGCACACCUACGCCAUGCAGUUGACCAACCACAGAGUCUGGGACUACGCUGGAGAUAACUACGUCCAUCGACUGGUUGCAAGUAAAACUGAUGGGAAGAUAGUUCAGUAUGAGUGCGAGGGAGAUAUGUGCCAGGAAGAGAAAAUCGAUGCCUUACAACUAGAGUACUCGUAUUUGCUAACGAGCCAGCUGGAAUCGCAGCGAAUCUAUUGGGAAAACAAGAUUGUCCGAAUAGAAAAGGAUACGGCUGAAGAGAUUAACAACAUGAAGACCAAAUUUAAAGAGACCAUUGAGAAGUGUGACAGUCUGGAACAGAGGCUGAAUGACUUGCUCAAAGAAAAGCAGUCUGUCGAAAGGAAGUGUUCUCAGCUGAAUAACAAAGUGGCUAAGCUUUCCAACGAGCUGAAGGAGGAGCAAGAACUGAACAAGUGCUUGCGAGCGAAUCAAGCCUUGCUGCAGAACAAACUCAAGGAGGAGGAGAGAGUGUUAAAGGAAACCUGCGAACAGAAGGACCUGCAGAUCUCCGAGAUCCAGGAGCAGCUGCGGGACGUCAUGUUCUACUUAGAGACGCAACAGAAAAUCAAUCACCUCCCAGCUGAGACCCGCCAGGAGAUUCAGGAAGGACAGAUCAACAUCGCGGUGGCGUCUUCUGCCGGCUCCUCCACGGGGGGCACGGGGAAACCUUCCUCCAGGAGAGGCCGUGGCAAGAGGGGCAAGUGAGAAGCCGAACGCCCCGCGCCCAUCCAGACAGCGGCUGUGCUGGGGUUAGGCCAGGCUCAGCUCUCAGGACUCCAGCUGGGAACACCCAGUUCACUAAAGCUCAGCUAGAAAUCGUCUUUGGAGCUGCUCAUAAAACUGGCUGCCAGUCCCUGGAGGUGUCUGUGGUAUUUAAAAGCAUUUCACUGCACUAUUUAGCUGGUUUUAGGCAGAUCUUUACAACCAUUUUGCCUUCCUACCUUUCCAAAGCCCCUCCUGUCAUGCAUUUGACUUUCUUCUCGGAGAGUGUACGGUGUUGGGGUGGGCAGGUGUGUAUGUGUUAAACAUCGCGUUCCUGCCGGGAUGCUGUAGAGUAGCGUGUGAGGCUUCUCCAGUUCUUCUCCUGGAUUAAAAGUAUUCUCAAUUCAGAAAUUAUUUUAUUUAAGAAACAGUGUAAAUUAGCUUAUAUACAUCUCCUUUGAGUAUUUGCAGUCCUGAUGCUGCAGAACUACUAGUGCAGGAGUAGAACUGUAGUUUGGAAAUAAAGAAAAAGGAGUGAUGUGUGGAAAAUAAACCAUCUUAGUGGUGUAAGAAAUUAAAUGAGUCCUAAAGGUUUGUAAUUUGGGAUAUUAAACAAUUUAAGGGACUUUGCUACUAUCUCUUCAUUUUAAAGAUGGCUUUUGAAAGGCCAGUGCUUGCUGCCUUUGGGGCAGAAAGUAUGAAAAGUUUUAUAUUCUGGACGCUGUUUAACGUGGUUAUUUUGCAUUAUUUUAAUUUCUACUGAUUAAAUAGAGCCGUCUUUGCAAAGACGGGUACGCGUGAUGAGCUCAGAUCCUCCCGGAGCGCGGUGCGGGGCUGCACGGGGGCUGUGUUGUUGUAAGUCCCGGUGCUGUGAUGCUCAGAACAAGGUGGGGACAAAGAACAACACAGCGAUUUUAAAUCUCUCAUCCCUCCCACCCGUACCAGCCUUUGGUACGAGAUGCAGCUGUUGCGUCCAGCUCCCGGGAUCCCUUCGCGCUGCCCGUUCUGCUCCAAGACGUGGCUCUGACCAGCAUCUUGCUGGCAAAACUUCUGUGUUAUUUGCCCCAAAGGUGUGCAAGACCUGUAAGGGGAAGUUGUGGACAAAUCAGGGUUUUUUUGUAGGUUUUCACUUAAAAUAGACACCAGACUUGAUGCUCUUGAGUUUCACCCCGGGGUGGAGAAGCGACUGUCCCGGUUGCUGUGUCGUGCUCAGUAAUCCGAGCAUUUAUAGGCUAAUUCAUUAUUAAAAAGGGCCAGGGGAGUCCUGCAGUUGGCUUCUCGGACCACAGUAUGAUCCUUUUCUGUUGUUCCAACUGCAGGCACAGUCUUGAUCUUAGUCUGUAACACUGGAAACGCAGCUCAGACUUACCUGCUCCAAACCGGAACAAAGAAAUAAACCAGCUCGUCCUUUAUUGCCCGAAGUCGUUCUGUUUGGCCAAUUGAAAGGAAUGAGUUACAGUAACUAGAGUGAUUCUGGGAAGGUGAGUCCUUAUAAAGUUCCUGACUUUGUGGGUGGGAAGUGUUGAGCUCCCUCACUUGGAAAUCCAGGGCACUUGUUCGGGCACUUGCUGUAUCCACCACCUGGGUUUGAUCUGCCCCCAUCAUCUGAAACUUCCACCUUUUCUAACUUUGUAGCAUGAAUGUAACCAACUUUUCUAGUGUGUGGAUUGUACAACCAGGCCUCUGCCUUCUGGGACUUGUUCUAGGGACCUAAAGAUGUACAACACAGCUUGCUCUCCUAUAGAAACUAUUUUAUUUAAGAUAUAUUUUUACACCCUCUAAGAUCCUCUGACCUUUUGCUGACAGCUUGCGUUGUGUAGAACACUAAGAUGCUGUACUGUAUCUUGGAACCAAUUUUCAAAAAAUGUGAUUGAAAAUUAAAA